AUGCCUUUCAAGAGGAGAAACGCCGGAAGGUCCAAACACGGAAGGGGCCACGUUAACCCAGUCAGAUGCAGCAACUGCGGCCGCUCAGUGCCAAAGGACAAGUCCAUCAAGAGGUUUAACGUUAGAAACAUCGUUGACGCCAGUGCCCAGAGGGACAUUAGGGAGGCUUGCGCAUAUUCACUGUUCAAUGUGCCAAAACUCUACAUAAAGCAGUGCUACUGCGUCUCUUGCGCUAUUCACUCGAGGGUGGUCAGGGUCCGCUCAGCCGAAGGACGCAAGGUCAGGGCGCCUGUUCAUCACAGGCCCUUGCAGGUAAAGCUCAACCUGCCAAACAAGGAUAACUAA